CGAAUGUUUGUGUUCGAAUUUGGGCACAUUUCAUGCACGAUUAUUUAUUUUGCGUAUGAACUGCUCUUCUAGUCGCCGAAAUUGGUACUUCGUCCCAAAUGUGAACUAAUUAUGCCUGUGGUAACGAGAUCAUGCAGAAAACAAAAGGGAAGACCGAGGAUCGAAGACGCAACGCCAGCGACCUCUUGUAUCGAUCGUCGAAGGUAUCCGACACGUUCUUCUGUGAAACGAAAGAUACCUGUAACUCAACAAGACAAGGAGAAAAAUGAUUUAGAACCACCCUCUAAGAAGGCCCCAAGCAACAGAUCUUCCAGAAAUGUUUCUAAAACUUCCAAGAAGUUACCAUUUCAAGAUAUCAGUAACACUUUAGACCAAGAUCAAGGUGGUGGUAGUAAGUCACAUGCACGCAAAGUUUCAAGAUGUGUGAGUCACAAUAAUAACAAAAAAACAGCCAAGUCACAACCUAACAGAGAAGUUGUCAACAGCGAAAACCAUGCAGGAAAAGGAAGUCCCUCUUUAGAGAAAAACGAUGGUGUUCCUGAUGACAAUAUUGUGGACCCCAAAACACCUGCUGGUUGCAUCGCUGCAAGAAUCAAGAGUUACAGUGCCUUUCGUCGCAGUCAGAAGAAGAACCAAGUCAGAAGUGAUGUGGAUAAAGAGAAUGCAAGUUGCUCUCCAGUUGACCCAGCAGCAGUUACAUCUCUCCCAGAAGAAGUCAGUCCUAGUUCUAUAACAAUGGGUGAGGAAAAUGAAUCGGAAUUUAAUUCUGAUCCUGAGCGUGAUGAAGAUAUUCUCUGGAGAAUAAGCAGGAGUUGUAAUGUUCAGAAAGAGGAUUCCACACCAGAUAGUAAGUCUGCUGAUCAGAGCUCUUACAAGGAAAAGUACUUCACCCUGCUAUCCGCAAUGAAGCAAAUACAGAACACAUUUCUCAGGGCUCAACAAAAUGCAGAGAAGAAUGUAAAAGCAUAUGACAAUUUUGUGAGCAAUCUGAAAUCAACCCUCAGCACAGAACAACAGAAAAACUCUCUCCUGAGUGAAGAGCUAAGGAUGAAGAAGGGAUCUGUUGAGAGAUUACGCAGUGAGCUUGAAAAUACAAAAGAGCAGUUGAAAUUUAUGAGAGAAGAUAAAGCAAAUAUGAAGAGGCAUGAGCAGGAGGAAGGUGAAAAGAAAAAGGAUUCACCCAGAGAAACAUCUGAAACAAAUAACAAAGAGCUACUGCAAGUGAUUGAAGACCAAAAGAGUUUGAUUAGUUUUUACUCUCUUCUAACGGGAAUUUCAAUGUCACGAGAGAACACUUGUGAAGAUACAAGCUCCUUUCACAGCUUCAAUUGCACUUUCUUUCCAGCUGAGAAAACAGCUCAUCGUUUGCAGUUUAGGCUGACUCACGACACAGAAUUUGAUGAGAUUGAAUACAGUCCUAACCCAAAGAGCCCUGGUUCCGAAGAUAUUCUGUUGAACUUGCCCAAUUAUCUCCAGGAUAAUAUGUUUUUCGGUUCUGAUCAGGCUACGAAUUUUAUGGAAAAAUUGUUUAAGACAGUUAAGGGGUAGCAGUAUAAUAGAACUUUAGUUAUUUACCAGUUUAGUAACCUGCAAGCAGGCCCUUCGUUUUAAGUGCUUCGGUUCGAGCGUUUCUUCGACCGCGGGAAAUUUUGGUGUACUCUCCCCAACUCAAUCGUCUCAAAUCUUUCCGCGGGCGCAAAAUUGCGCGUCCUGCAGCGCUUAUGAUUAGGGCUCUGGUCGCAGGCUACCAGUUUAGUAAGUUUAGAGUAGUUAUUAGGGUUUUUAAACUUUCUUUUGAUUUAUAAAAUUAAUCCAAGAAACUGUUCAUGUGAAGGAUCUGAGAGCAAAUCUUCCAAUCACUUUGGAACACUUUGGAACACUUUGAGGGGGGGGGUCGGUCAAUUGGAGGAUUUUAUUGUGUCACAGUAAAAUUUACCUGAUCCCCACCAGUGGCUCUGUAAUAUUCUAAUGAUACCCCCUCAUUGGUAGUCAAUUUUUUUCUUUAGUCUCGCCUCUAUACUCUGUUGUCGAGGACUGAUCUCCCCCCCCCCCUUCGCACCCUCUGAAACCACGUUAUCCCCCCCCCAGAAAAAAAAUCCUUCCUUCCCUUCCUUUGCCGCAACUGAUGACAGGCCUUUUGUUAUUUACCAGUUUAGGGUAGCUAUUAAGUUUUUAAACUGUCUUUUGUCCGAUGCAACUGAUCCAGGAAACUGUUCUCAGUGCCGCAAAUUAAGAUUCUGACAGUAUGUAGAAUUUUUCUUUCGUUUAGAGUAACACCUUCUUCCCUUUAUAAAGGUAGUACUUAGUAAGUAUACUUUGAGGGAGAAGUUAGCAAAAUUCUUAGGAUUUUCAUUUUCUUCAAAACUUGAAUUAUUUUCUUUACAAAACCAUCUCAGCAACUUAAUAUCGAUUACAUUUUUACGAUGCUGGAAACUUAGUUAGCCUCUUACGGGCACAUGUGGCAUUCUUCUGACUUUUUCGAUACUUAAAAUAUUCGAUUCUUUACCUCUCAGUUGCAUAUGUUUUAUUUUUAAGCGAUCGUUUUUUUGGUAGUUGUUAUUGCUUUUUUUAACUUUACAAGUAUUUUUUAAUGAAAUUGUAAAGUUGAUAUCUCCAUAGUCAGUCAAAUCUGGUCAGUUAAUAAUCCGAGUAAUCAUAAUCCAGCCCGCCCUCUUCCUUUUCUUUUGCUCUUUGCAUGUCUCACUGGUGGAAGAGUGAGACUCCUGUAGCCACCAGGUCCGUUUUGUUUGUAUUUGUUUCUUUAUUUUUUGUUGUAUUUAACGUUCAAUUGGAACCAAGUAUGCUCUGUAUGAAAAUAUGUACUAUUUAAAAUGGGUACUAUAAUCACUUUACCUGGCAGUAUGGCCAUUUAGCUGGCCAAAAUGGUGACUUUGAGGAUUGCUUAAUUGUUCAGACUGUUUUGUGAUUUUAUUCAUAUUUUUUUCGUUCUCAAUGCUUUCCAAAUUGAGGAUAAUAGUAGUACAGUUGAUGUUCUUAGGCUUAAAUUUGUUUUGGGGUCUUUUCUUCUGGGUUAGGCCUCAUACACUUUAAUACCCGCGAACAUAAAAUAUGUUAUAUUUUAACUCAUUUACCUGAACCACGGUGUAUAAUUAAAUA